AGCCAAUGGAGUUCUCCGAGGUAAUCGAGGUAUUAGACCGCGGCAGCUCGAUCGAUGUCCAAUCGAAUUGCACGUUCGAGUCGCUGAUGAUCGGACAAAAGACGCUGGAACGUCUGAAAAAUAGCCAAUUCGACAGGCCGUCUCCAGUUCAGGCCCGGGCCAUCCCAGUCGGCUUGCUGGGAAGAGAUAUGCUUGUUCAGGCCAAGUCAGGAACCGGAAAAACGCUCGUUUUCUCGGUUUUAGCCGUAGAAAACCUGGAUUCUCGAUCUUCACACAUCCAAAAAGUCAUUGUGACUCCGACGAGAGAGAUUUCUGUUCAAAUUAAGGAAACUGUGCGGAAAGUCGCUCCGACCGGCGCUAGAACUUCAGUAUACGUUGGAGGAUCCGCUCACAAGCUGAAUCUCAUCGAUUUGAAGCAAACGCGCCCACAAAUCGUCAUUGGAACUCCUGGUCGGAUAGCACAGCUCGUCAAGCUCGGAGCAAUGAACAUGUCCCAUGUGGACUUUUUUGUGCUCGAUGAGGCGGAUAAGCUGAUGGAUGAAGUGUUUAGAGAUGAUAUAAAUAUUAUCAUCAAUUCUCUGCCUCAAAUCCGCCAAGUUGCCGUGUUUUCAGCCACCUACCCGCGAAAUCUUGACAAUUUGUUGUCGACUUUUCUCCGCGACGCGGCACUUGUUCGGUUUAACGCUGAUGACGUUCAACUGUUCGGAAUCAAGCAAUACGUAGUCGCAAAGUGCUCUCCAAUGCUCGAAAAGCUCACACAUGUGCUGAAAUCGAUCAGAUACGUGCAGGCACUGGUGUUUUGCGAUCAGAUUUCAAAAUGCGAACCCAUCGCCACUCAUCUCAAAUCCUCAGGCCUCGACGUGACCUUCGUCUCCAGUGCAAUGUCGCAAAAAGACCGCCAACUCGCCGUAGAUCAGCUCCGCGCGAAACGAGUCAAAAUUCUCGUCUCCUCCGACCUGACCGCCCGUGGAAUCGACGCUGACAACGUGAAUUUGGUGGUGAACAUCGAUGCCGCAGCCAACGAAGAGACCUAUUUCCACCGUAUCGGUCGUGCGGCACGAUUCGGUGCUCACGGAGCAGCUGUGACACUGCUGGAGGAUGAACGAGCAUUGAAGGGCUUCACAGCGUUGGCUUAUCGGGGAAAAGUCACUGUGAAGCGGGUUGUUGAAGGUGUACACGAGUUGCCUGGUGAUUUGGUGAAGAAUCAGGAGUUUUGGAAGGAUUUGCCGUAUUUUAUAGAUUUUGAAACACCGCCCACUGGUCCCAACGAUCUGAACAAGGUUCCCGACCGUCAAUCAGCUGUAGAAUCCCUGAAAUCCGAACGAGAAGCUUCUGGAAUAGUGACGUCAUCGUCGAAAAAAUACACAAGAGAUGAGAUGAUGGCGAUGCGAUCGGACACCAAAAAUGAGCAAAGUGUAGAAGAAAUUUCUGCAAAAAUUGAGAAUUUAAGCGUGGAAACUGAGACUGACGAAAAAGAGAAUGUCGUGGAAGUGAAGAAAACGUUCAAAGAACGGCUCGCCGAGCUGAAGGCGGCAAAAGCGGCGGCGAAGAGCCAAACGGAGCCAGAAGCGCCAAAAUCGGAGCCAAAAUCCAAGUUUAAAUUCGUUCCAACACGAGAAAAGGCGAAGAAGAAGUACUACAUGCGCGGCGAGCUCCAACACAUUCGUGAAGCCUUCACGUCGGAGCAAUGGAGAGCCUACGCUGAGACGAAAUUCGAUUUUACAGAGGAACCGUUUUUGGGGGGUCCUGUAGAGUCAAAAAGUGCUGAAAAUUCGCAAAUUUCAAGCUCCGGGGACGUUGGAAAGGCUGAAAUUCUGGAAAAUGUCGAAAAAACGGAGCAAAAUCCCCCAAAAAUCAUCAAAUCCCGAAAUGUGCAAAUUGGAAGCCAAGAAGACGUUGGAAAUUCGAAAAAUGCCGAGAAAACUCCCUUAAGAGGAUCGGAAGCAUCGAAAAAUGCUGAAAAUUCGCAAAUUUCAAGCUCCGGGGACAUUGGAAAGGCUGAAAUUCUGGAAAAUGGUGAAAAUCCCGUGAAAAAUCCCCCAAAAACCAUCAAAUACAACCGAUUCGAGAUGAAAAAGAUCCAAAAAGAAGUGCCCAAGGAUUCAUGGAUUCCCUACGUAAAAUCCAAAUGGAACACCACCGAAGAACCAUGGGAGCUUGAUCAAUGGCUCCGUUGCCCGUUUGAAGAACGUCUCCGACGGCAACGAAAACGCGAGAAAGACGAGCGUCGGAAAGUGAUUGAAGAUCGGAAAAAGCGGCGAGACGAGGAUCGGCAGGAGCUUGUGUCGAGUGGAAGGAUCACGAAGGUGGUGGAGAUUCGGGAGACAAGCUGGCAGGAUUAUCAGGCGAGAGUUCGCAGAGAGUUUGAGGAAGCUACGGAGAAACGACGGAAAAUGAUGACGGAAGGAGCUGCUGAGGUUCUACGCAGGAUUGGACCUGUGGUCCCACAACGAACGCCUCCACUGAUCUACCGUUAUCGUGUUGAUAUGUACAAAAGGCGGCUCGACGAGCAAGAUGCCUACCUACAGCAUCAGAAUAAGCUGGACGAUGGAAUUUUGAAGGAGACGGAGGCUCAGACGACGGCGGAAAAUCCAGAAAAAUCGAUGGAAAUGGUGGAGAUUGAGUGUCAAACCGACGAGAUUCAGGAGGAAUUGGCGGAAGAUGAGGAGUACUGGGAUGAAGAAUAUUGGGAUGAGGAGGAGCUGGAAGGAUCAGAAGGAUCCCAAGAAAUUUUCGACGAUUUUCCCGAUGUGGUGGAGGAGCUGGAAGGAUCAGAAGGAUCAGAAGAAGCAUCUGAAGCUGCUCCACGGGCUCCGCAACUGGAGCAUCUCGCGGCGGGAUAUCUACGGAAUAUGAAUUUCCAGGCGGCAACGCAAAGUUAUAUUGAUCUCAUGAACUCGUUUGCCAGAAAUUUUGGUGGAAAUUGAUCUAAUUUUCGGGUUUUUUUUUUGUAUUUUUGUUAUGUUUUUUGAUAAUUUUGAUUUUUAAAUUUUUUAUUGAUUUUCC